AUGGUUCCCUCAGCCGCAACGCCGUCGCUCUCUCUCCCACCCGCUCAGUUCGCCAGCCUCCAACCGCAUGCCUAUCUUCUCGCCCACCUUUCCCCUCCGGCGUUGAGCAACCAGCCCUCCAUCCGUGCCAAUGGCCGUUCCCCCUCUCAGUUCCGGGCGACCUCAGCCAACGCAGGCUCCCUGACACACGCCAACGGCAGCGCCGUCGUCCGUCUCGGGGACACGGCCGCGGUGUGUGGUGUGCGGGCGGAAAUUUUGCACACAGACGACAUUGCCUCGUGGAGUGUCUCCUCCUCGACCGGAGCAGGAAACAAGCGCCGCAAGCUGUCGGGGGAGGACCCUGAAGACCCCGAAGAAUCACAGAUCCAAGACCUGAACCUGCUCGUGCCGAACCUCUCGCUCAGCACCGGCUGCGCCCCGGGCUUCAUCCCCGGCGCUCCGCCCUCGGCUCUCGCCCAAUCGCUUUCCCACCAACUGCUCACCCUGCUGCAUACCAGCCGCCUGGUGCGAACCGACGAUCUACGCAUUUGGUACGAUGUUCCGGAUUUGGAGGGCGCGGGGCAGGAAACCGGGGAAGCCAUGGAUGUGGACGUGGUAGACAAGGAGUCCUCCUUGAAACAACCGCGCAAGCGCGAAAUCAAAGCCUUCUGGGUACUCUACAUUGAUGUGAUGAUUGUCUCGCUGGCUGGAAAUGUGCUUGACGCGGCGUGGGCGGCCGUCCUGGCCGCGCUGCGAGAUACAAAGCUCCCGCGCGCGUGGUGGGACGUCGACGCCGAGAGCGUGCUGUGCUCCAACCGGGUGGACGAGGCGCGCUCCCUCCUCCUCCGUGGAUUACCCGUUUGUUCCUCGUUUUGCGUCUUCGAGGCCGACGCGGCGGCCGGCUGGCGCGCGGUUGUCCUUCCUACGUCAAUAGAGAUGGAGCAGAAUAAGCAGCAGCAGCGGUGGAUCCUGGCAGACCCGGAUGGAUACGAGGAGGGCCUGACUCAGGAGCGAAUGUGCAUUGUUCUCGACAAGGAUCAGAGUGGGAACCCUGUGAUCGUGCGCAUGGAGAAGAACGGCGGGUGGACGGUUGGCAAGGAGGAUCUGAGACAGCUCGUCGACGUGUCGGCGCAGAGAUGGGAGGAGAUGAAGACUGUCUUGAAGUGGUAG